AACUGAUGAAGACGCAGAGAGCCCCUCCCAGACUCCGGAGAUCGGGAACCCCAAGUUAGUACUGUAAUUAAAUCCUCCCUCCGCCCCCCUUCAGUCUUGCACAGGUGUGCCAGCUCCUCCCCUUCAGUCUUGCACAGGUGUACUGGCUCCUCCCCUCCAGUCUUGCACAGGUGUACCGACUCCUCCCCUUUAGUUUUGCACAGGUGUAUCAGCUCCUUCCCUUGAGUCUUGCACAGGUGUACUGGCUCCUCCCCUUGAGUCUUGCACAGGUGUACAGGCUCCUCCCCUUCAGUCUUGCGCAUGUGUACCGGCUCCUCCCCUUCAGUCUGGCACAGGUGUACUGGCUCCUCCCUUUCAGUCUUGCACAGGUUUACUGUCUCCUCCCCUUCAGUCCUGCACAGAUGUAGCUGCUGCUCCCCUUCAGUCUUGCACAGGUAUACCAGCUCCUCCCCUUCAGUCUUGCACAGUUGUACAGACUCCUCCCCUUCAGUCUUGCACAGGUGUACCGGCUCCUCCCCUUCAGUCUUGCACUGGUGUAUUUGCUCCUCCCCUUCAGUCUUACACAGGUGUAUUUGCUCCUCCCCUUCAAUCUUGCGCAGGUGUACCGGCUCCUCCCCUCCAGUCUUUCACAGGUGUACCGGCUCCUCCCCUCCAGUC